AUGGAACUCUGAAAUCCAGUUUUCAGUACCCGUAGUAUCUAAACCGCCCUGCCAUUUCGAAUGCCCCACCUGACUCGCUGUGGAAGCAGAUCCCCGGCAGAGAGAAAGGCACGCGACGCGCGUCCCCGCCAGCUCCGAGCCUCCGAAGGCAGUCGACUGGGAGGCGACCGCCAUGGCCACCGGCUGCGUCCCCGGCGCUCUGCGCUUGGUUCCGUGGCGAGGAGCGUCGUCCUCCUCCACCUCCUCCUCCUCCCGCGCCCUGGCUCGUCUCCGCCCGCGCGUCGCCUCGUUCGCAGCCCCGCCUCGGCCUCUCCAUCGCGCCCUUCGUCCAGUUCCCGCCCCGCACAUGGCGCUCCGUGCUCCUCUUCCUCCUGCGAGGUGCCAGGUCCCCGCAACUCCGGGAUAGCUGCCCAUGCAACAUGAGAUGUAGUAAUGGCAGGUUUCUUAUCGAAGGCAAGCAUAAUUUCGCCUGGGAAGGUCCGGGAGAGGGGCACAGAAGGAGAAAUACCAUGUAUACAGUACAUAUACAUGAUCCAUAUGAGCCUGUGCAUGUGUAUGUGUUGUAUAGUCUGAGCUCAUGGAGAAGGGGUGCUUGUGUCGUUGUCUUGUACAUGGAGUCUCCCUUGCAGCCGCCAAGCUUUUGGGAAACGGUGUGGCAGGUGUGCAAGCGUGUCUCCUGGAAGCACCUUGGUACACUCACGCUGCUGUCUGGCUGCAUAGCAGUUGGUUUCUUUGCAAACAAAGGGGACCCACGCGCCUUGUUGAUAGUUGAUGUACUGGACAAAGCGAACAAAGCAUACAAGCCAAGUCUGGAGUUCGCAGUUUUACUCAUCGCACUUUUCGUUUCUCUGUCGUCAAGGUAGAGGCAGAGGAUUGCUCAGGUUUUUUGGGCACAUGUUUUGGACAGUAGGAAGUAAGUGGUACAGUUACUGAUCCUUACCAUAGAAGUACAUGGUGGAGAUUCCCACCGGUUUUAUCAGAAAGGGAUGGGUUGCACAUACGGAGACCCGACAUGACCAAUAGCACUAGUUAUGGAGUUCCUGAAAUUGCUUUAUCUCAGUACAAAUUUCCACCAGAUGCACCAGGCGUGCGUGCACACUUUAUGUCGUUUCUGUUUUUCGGUGUUCGCUGUGAGCGAUGUCAUCUGCUGUGAAUGAUGAACCAUUAUGCUGCAAAGUUGAAAAUGUAUCACUGUCAAUUA